ACAUUUACACUCUAUCUUUGGAACGGAAUAAAAAAGCUGAUGCUAAAGAGCAUCACAGAUUCGUUGUUUUGACUCGUUCUGACAGUCGGAUUUACAAAGUUACAAAAAAAAUGGACAUGAAUGUUUCAACUGGAUCAAUGUCUGAGGAUGGGGAAAUGAGUGAUGUAAAUAUCACUCAUUCAAGUGAGAAUGACGAUGAUGAUGGAGGCCAAUCUACAAGACAUUCUUCAGUAUCUCCUUUCAAAAACAACUCACACAGAGACUUAAAAAAGAGAAAACAGGUAUCUGAAUCAGAGACAGAUUACGACGAAGAAAAUGGAGAAAUGGAUCCCCUUGCAAGGAUGCUUUCCACACCAACUCAUGGUGAUGAGUCCAAUGAGCCUCCAGAAAAGUCACAAAAAUUUACUGAUGACAAAAAAACUGAUGGUGAGUUUGUAAUGCCCAAGUCAUCCCCUGUGUCAGUCAGUACACCACCACCAGCAGUUUCUUCACCAUCAAAAGAAAGUGAAAAAGAAGCAGAAAGAAGAGCUGAAUUCCGAAUGAAAAGAGAAGCUGAAGAAGAAGAAAGAGAAAAGAUGCAAGUGCUGGUGUCUAAUUUCACAGAAGAGCAGCUGGACAGAUACGAAAUGUACAGGCGAUCAGCGUUCCCGAAAGCGGCCAUCAAGCGUUUGAUGCAAACCAUUACCGGCUGUUCAAUAUCUCAAAACGUGGUCAUCGCUAUGGCUGGCAUCGCCAAAGUUUUCGUCGGCGAAGUAGUCGAAGAAGCUCUUGACGUCAUGGAGCAAUGGGGCGAUAGCGGUCCACUUCAGCCCAAGCACUUGAGAGAGGCCGUCAGAAGAGUGAGGAAUCGAGGAGGCAUCCCGGGAUCGAAACCGUUCGCCAAAGCCUUUUGAAACCUUAACUUUACGUCGAACUCAACUGUCCUGUCAGUCUCAUUUAUCUUGUGUAAACUUUCGAAUAAGAAAAAAAUAAAUAAAUAAAAGAUUC